AUGCAAAACCCUCGUAACAUUGUUAUCAUUGGCGGCGUCGCCGGCGGCAUGUCAUGUGCAACCCGGCUGCGCCGCCUCGACGAAUUCGCCAGAAUUACCAUCAUUGAAAAGGGCCCGUACAUCAGCUCUGCGAGCUGCGGAAUACCAUACGCCCUUGGAGGUGUCAUCACAGAUGAAGCCAAGCUCCACGUGCAGACGGUCGACAAGAUCAAGAGCUGGUUCAAUGUCGACGUCAUGACCAACACGGAGCUGACCAGCAUCCAAAGACAGCGGAAGACCGCCGUUGUCCGCGACCUGCUCUCCGGGAAGGACUCCGCACUUCCCUACGACAAGCUAGUCCUAGCAAUGGGGGCCGAGGCCGCAAUGCCAAGUAUGAAGGGUCUCGACGACAUCGCCUCGGGCAUCUUCGUUUUGCAGACAAUAACCGACCUGCAAAACGUUGAGAAAUUCAUCGCCGAAAAUAAUUGUCGCCGAGCCGCCGUCAUCGGGGGAGGGUUCAUCGGACUAGAGACGGUGGAGAAUCUGCGUAAGAAGGGCCUCGAAGUGGCUCUGCUUGAGUACGCUCCGCAUGUUUUCCCUUUGCUGGACGGCGACCUGGCCGUCUUGUUGGAUGACGAGCUGCGCCGGAAUCAGGUCGAGCUGAAGCUCGAUGCUCGCAUUUCAGAAAUCAAGAGAUCGCCCUCAUCAUCAUCAAAUUCGACGUUGGAAAUCUCCCUGGAAGGAUGUGACCCUGUCACGGCAGACCUUGUCAUCGUAGCCGCUGGCGUGCGCCCCAGGAACACCAUCGCCAAAGCAGCGGGUCUGGCGGUGGGACCGACAGGGGGCAUCACGGUUGACAACUUGAUGCGCACUUCGGACCCCGAUGUCUAUGCAGUUGGCGACAUGGUAGAGACGCACAACAUCGUGGCCGGCCGGGACAUGCCUCUCGCUCUCGCGGGGCCGGCAAACCGCCAGGGCCGCCUGGUCGCCGAUGUCAUUGCGGGCCGGUCGGUGCAGUACCGCGGGAACGUCGGCUCAUCGGUGUGUCGCGUCUUUGGAAAAACUGCCGGGCUCGUCGGCUUCUCGACAGAGCGCCUAGACCGACUUGGCCUGCAGUACGAAUACGUCACAGUCCACCCUCCUCAUCACGUUGCCUGGUAUCCUGGGGCGGAGGCCAUGACCAUGAAGCUAGGCUUCGAGGUCCCCGGGGGACGGCUCCUGGGGUUACAGAUCGUGGGCGGGGAGGGCGUUGAUAAACGCGUCGACGUUGUGGCGACGGCUAUGAUGGCCGGCAUGACGGCAGAGGAUCUUGAGCACCUUGAGCUCGCGUAUGCGCCGCCAUAUGGCGCCGCGAAGGAUCCAAUCAACAUGGCGGGGUUUGCUGCCGGCAAUGUGCUGCGCGGGGAUGUGCGCAUCGUCCAUGCCGCAGAUCUUGUAAAUGGUGGUCGCACCGACCUGGAUCAGUUCCAGGUCGUCGAUGUCAGGUCUGUAGAUGAGUAUUCCCGCGGGCAUUUACGGGGAGCUGUCAACAUCCCUCUAGGCGAGCUCCGACAGCGGAUAGGAGAACUGAAGGUAGAUAAGCCGGUACUGGCGUAUUGUUGGGUGGGAUAUCGCGGGUACGUGGCGAGCCGGAUUCUUCGGCAGGGAAUCGAUACGCCGGUAUUCAACCUGGACGGCGGCUUCAAGGUGGUGAAAGAGGAGGGUUAUACGUCCUUGCAGGAGUAA